AUGGACAUGGACACAUUCAACCCAAAAACCCUUUCCACUGAGAGCUUUCAACUCAGUGUGCUGGUUGAAAGCUCCUUGCCUUGCCCCUCGCCAAACAGCUGCUUUGCCAAGGUGGGUGUUAGCUGCGUUCGGCUACCGGGGAAAGCGGAGGUCGUGGCCACGCUCCGCCUGGCGCUGCUGGUCCCGUGGGCGGCCGGGCUGAACUUCACGUACCACCACCAGCCGGAGAUGGAAACCUUCCUGCGGGGCGUGCAGGCGCAGCACCCCGGCAUCGCGCACCUGCACAGCGUGGGGCGCUCCGUGCAAGGUAGAAACCUGUGGGUUCUUGUUCUGGGAAGGUGUCCAACCAAACAUAGGAUUGGCAUACCAGAGUUCAAGUAUAUUGCUAAUAUGCAUGGGGAUGAGACAGUUGGGAGGGAAUUGCUGCUUCAUUUAAUACAAUUCCUGGUAGGCAAGGAUCAGCAAGACCCAGUCAUCACAAAACUACUCGAUAACACCCGGAUUCAUAUCAUGCCAUCAAUGAAUCCAGAUGGAUUUGAAGCUACAAAAAUACCUAAUUGUUAUUUCUCAAAAGGAAGAUACAAUAUGAAUGAAGAAGAUCUGAACAGGAAUUUCCCUGAUGUCUUCAAAAGUAACUGGGUCCAAACUCAACCAGAGACUGAAGCAGUGAUGAAAUGGAUACAAAACGAAACAUUUGUUCUUUCAGCUAACUUGCAUGGUGGGGCACUUGUUGGCAGUUACCCAUUUGAUAACGGUUACUCAGAUAUGGUAACUACAAAGCGUUAUAGUGCAACCAAAGAUGAUGAUGUUUUCAGAUACCUUGCAAAAUCCUAUGCUUCCCACCAUGCCACCAUGUCCAGAGGGAUUUCAUGUGGUACUUCAAAUGUGGAAAGCUUUCCAGGUGGUAUUACAAAUGGAUAUUCAUGGUACCCAUUGGAAGGUGGAAUGCAGGAUUAUAACUAUGUCUGGGGACAGUGUUUUGAAAUUACAUUGGAGCUGUCAUGCUGUAAAUAUCCACCAGAAGGAAAACUGAAGCAAUUCUGGAAUGACAACAGGGCUUCUUUGAUUGAAUACAUUAAACAAGUUCAUCUAGGUGUUAAAGGUCAAGUUUUCGAUGGGUCUGGAAAACCCAUACCAAAUGCAAUCGUGGAAGCUGAAGGAAGGCAACAUGUGUGUCCUUACAAAACCAACAAAUAUGGAGAAUAUUAUCUUCUUCUCCUGCCUGGAAAAUACAAAAUUAAUGCUACAGUACCAGGAGUUCCAUCGAAACUGAAGCAACUGGAAGUACCAGACGGGACUGCUAACUUAAGUGCUUUCAAACUUGACUUCACUUUCCCGGAUUUCUUUCAGACACCAAAGGAGCUUUCGUGCCCUACAGAACCUCUUUAUCAGAUCAGUUCUUCAACAGCUUUCAGACCUACUGUGCUGCUCUUGCCUUUAACAACCCUUUUACGUGCAGUUUUUGAAUAAAGCCAAGAAAGAAUAAAGGAAGAAGUGAGGGCGUGAAGCUUUGCAGAUUAACAUACAAGUGUGUUUUUAAAGCAAAGAAUUGUAUUUGCAAAAGAAUGUAUAUUGUACAAUUGAAUUCCUCAGAUUUUUAAUCAAGUUUACUAUAUUUUUAUAAAAUAUUGGCAGGACAAUCCAAAUAGUUUUGGUAAGUUGGUUAUACCAGACUGUACUAUUUUUAUAUUUUUUUAAUCAGAACUAAUUAUUGUGUAGUUUAUACAACAUAGACUUUACAGAAUGUGAGUACAGAAACUGGGAACUUACUUGUUAAAACUUUUGUACAGUUUGAUAUAUAGACAGUACAAAAAUAAAUGAAUUGUAAGUAUUUUUACAUACACCUCACACAUACUGACUGUGAAACAGUAAUGUGUGCCUGAAAAAUAUUAGAAGGCCCAGCUCUGGUCUUGCACCAGUAAAAAAAUCAGUGCUAAGUUCACUGAAGUCAUGGGGAGUUACAUGAAUAAAAGAUCUAAAUCAGACUUGGGGCAGGUUUACAUCCCUCACUAUAGCAAAGUUACAACUGCGCUGUGAUUUAGUACUUCCUUCUGGAAGUAUUAAAUCACCUCACAGUAACAGCACGUACUGAGGUGUAUGUGCGGCACAUGCUUAUUUAGCAGCUAUUUAAUUAUAAUGAUGCGCUACUGGGGGACUGCAUCGCCAUGACUAAGUAGCUGUUGGUCCUGUGUAGACGCACCCGAGUCUCUAAGGAGACUAUUAUAUACACACACAGACAGGACUCGUUACAGCUUUAAAUUAAAAAAAAAAAGGGAUAAAUAGCAGAAAGGUGAGUUUUAUGGAGAACGUGUGUAGAGCAAGUGGGAAAGAAACUCGCAAGCCCUUUCUUUAGCCACCUUUAUUUCAGCACCCUCUCUUAAUCUACCUGCACUGAUAAAGGACAACACUCAGAUCCUUCUGAACAUGUAGUGUUCCACAUUCUGUUUUUACCAAUUUUUUUUUACUGAUAAACUCCCUGAUUUUUUUUUUUAAGUCAUUAAGGUUUUACUGAUUUAUACCUGUUUUUCAGUUCAAAUCCCUGUUAACUGGCACACAUGGGAAAUAGCCCAUUCCCCACUUGUGCGGGUUAACAAGGAUUUGAACUGGAAAACGGGUGGUACUGGUAAGCUGAAAGUGCUGCUGUGCCUGUUACUUGAGGCACAGGUUUCUGGCUGGAUGUUGGUGGGGGGGGGGAAGGAGGGCGGUGGCUGCAUGCGGAGCAGGGGCAGGGGGCUGGCGGUGGCCAGGGGAGGGUGGCUGGAGGCAUGGGGCUCUUGGCUCUGACCCCAGGUGGAGCGGGCUAGCCCGUGGGGAAUCUCUCCCAGGGCAGGUGGGUCCGAGCUGCAUGCUGGUGGCUCUGGCUUCAGCCCUGCCCUGGGCGCUGGGAGCUGCAGGCCCUCCCAGGGUGAGGCAGACAGGAGGGGAGAGGCACGAAAGCAGCCAGGGAAGAAAGGCAGGGUGCGACGCCACGUGCUUCUUGCCGCUGAUCUGGCGGCAUAGGCCUCCUGAGAAGAGCCCGGCACAGCCCCUCAAGCCACAGCCCUCCCAGGGGAUGUGUAGCAGCCUUGACCCUGCACCCACCCCCGCUUUGCUCCCUGCUGCAGCCCCAGGAAUGGCUGAUGGGCUGGGCUGGGU